AUGCGCAUUCUCGCUCUCCUUGCCGCGCUGUGUGCUCUGCUGUGCACACUUGCACUCGCUGAACCCGCUCCGGCUCUCAAAGACUCGCCCGCACUCGCUCAAGCUCCGCGUCGAGCAGUCGCUUUCGGCAGACCCGCCGACGAGCGCAGGGACGCAGGCGGCGCGAAGAAGGCGGACGGAGCGGAUGGCAACACGGUCAACUACCUCGUCACGCUCGACCGAUCAAUCACCAACGUCGCCAAGGACAAGAUUCUCGAUGCGUUGCUGCGGAUGGGGGCGGUUGUGAAGCAGGAGUACAACUACCGCGUCUACAAAGGCGUCCUCUUCUCGAUCCCCUCGUCGCACGACAAAGGCCUCACAGCGUGGGAGACGGCCUUGACGAAGCAGGAGGGCGUCAAGUAUGUCGAGAAGGACCAGGAGGUGCGCGCCAACUCGUCCUAA